AUGGAGAGCUGCUACGACUUGGUGGAGCACCUUCCCGCAGAGUUCACCCGUGACGUGGAGUUGAUGCCGUUCCACUGCGCCACGGUGCCUAAGGCAAUCUGCGGAGAACUGAUGAAGAUUCUGGAUCCACUGGGUGAAGAGUUGAAACAUUUGAAGAGAGUCAGGCCGUCCUGCGAUGAGUUGGCGGUCCUCUUGGGGGAAGUUCUGCCUGACAAAGUGCUGCAGUUUCUCCAAGUGCGUCAAAUCACGCCAGAAAUGGUGCAAGUGCCGCGUUUUUGCCCUCUGACCGCAGAACAAAUGGAGAGUUUUUCCAGACACUGGCCGGUGAAGAAGUUGGUCCCGUCCUUCCAGCCUCUCAAGUUGACGCAGGAGCUCAAGGACCACUUCGGCCAUCUUUUGGGCCUCGCCCGCGCCGAAACCACCGGGGCCGCUUGCGUGGUCUGCGACAGCGCCGGCCGCGUCCUGGCCACGGCGACGACGACAGCGUCCGCGUCCGCGGCGCUGCAGCACCCGGCCAUGGUGGCCAUCGAAAGGGUGGCGGAGGAGGCGCGAAAAAGGUACGCCCAAGGCAAACGCUCCAGAGACGAGGAAGACUAUCUGAACAUUGACCCUGCCACUGAGGCCAUGAGCAAGAGUGAAGGACCCAAAGAUGGUGCCACCGAUGAGAACGCCCGAAAUGAAAUGGAGCCGGGGAAACCCAGUGAUCCCAGUGGUCACCCGGGCUCGGAUUAUGGGAUCUUGAGGUCCAGUGCCUUUGAGGCCCUGGAGAAAGAUUUCCAGGAGGUGCUGCAGGAGCUCAUAGGAGACAAGUCUUUGGAGCAUUUCCGCUUGGAAUAUGAGAAACUCCAUCGGGCUCUGAAGAAGUCGCACGACAGCGAGAAGCGACUCAUCAAGAAGUGUCGGGAGUUGAAUCAGGUGCAGACCGCUUUGAACCUCUCGAAAGAGGACCAGGCGACCAUCUCGAAUCUGAAGAAAGAGAUCGAACGCGCCUGGAAGAUGGUGGAGGGGAGUUUCGCCUCUCCUGAUGCCCUGGAUGAUGAUGUGAUGAAUGGGAGUGACGUCUCCCCAAUUUGCGACAAUGCAACCGUUCCAAAAGUAUAUGAAAGGCAACUCAUGCCUCUGCCGAAGCUGAAGUGGAUCAGUGGUCCGGUGUCUCGUCACCGGGUCCACACGAUCGUGAUGCUGACCGUCACCUUGACGGUGUUGACCACACUUGGAAUGAUGUGGCAACCAGGUGCAGCGCAGGGCGGUACUGCCCGCCUACCACCGAGGUGGGAACCAGGAUCCAACACAUCCUUCAGAGCGUGGACUCAGGACUUGAUGUUGUGGAGCAUCUCUUCAGAUGCUGAGCCGCACCAACAGUGCGCCCUGGUCAUCUCACAGCUUGGCGGUGCUGCCCGUGAAGUUGCGAGGACCAUGUCACCAGCCGAGGUGAUGAAUGGAGGAGUUGUGAAUGGACAACACCUGGAUCCUCUUAGCUAUCUCAUCCACGGCCUCAGUAGCCGCUUCGGACCACUCGAUGACGAAGUGCGGUUGCGAAGCGCACAGGAUUUGCUAUCCUUCAGCAGGAGGACGGGCGAGUCAACCGACACGGUGUUGUCAAGGUUUGACAUAGUCAGACAACGUGCCCGUGCCGAUGGCGGGGGAGCCACAGUGAGCACCGAGACGGCAGCGCUCAUUCUGCUGAGAGCUGCUGGUGCCAAUCAUACCCAGUUCCAACAGUUGACACAGCCUUUCGGCUAUAGGUUGCCAUCCACGGAACAGGAAUUCUUGCACAUGACAAGCGCCAUCAGACGGCUUGGACACAUAGUGGAAAGCCAUCGUGACAACAUUGCCUCAACCUUGAGAGGCAAUCAGGGGUCGAAUCAUUACUGGGCAGGUGCGUCCCCCAGUGAUGAGACAGGCCCGAACCAAGAAGAUGGCCAAGAAGCUGACGGUGCCGAUGCAGGUGGAAACUGGUCCUACCUCACGAACAAUGGUGAGUCGGACACAGACAGUGCCACAUCCAGCGACAACAACUCGCUGAUGGACAUCUCAGGCCUCAAUGGAAUGUCCUCGUUCCAAGUGGAUGAAUACCUGUUUGGCAGGUACCAACAUGCCAAGAAGAGAUGGCGAAGGUUCACUGGCAAGCCUGUUAGAGCACUUCGACGCGUGCUGCGUCGCAAAGGCAAGGGCAAAGGCAGUAAAGGAGGCCUUGGACAUGCCUAUGUCAACAUCAACGAGACGCUGCAGCAAAGUUCCUUCUACAAGGGGAAGGGAAAAGGAGGCAAGAGCAGCGGGAAGGGAUUUGGCAGAAGGUUGAACCCGAAAGGCAGAGAUGGAGAAGUUCUCAAGUGCAGCAUCUGCCAAUCUCAGUACCACCUCCGUGCAAGAUGCCCACAGAGGAGUGACGCCUCCCAGCCAGCAGCAGCGGCCACAAGUUCCGUUGGCCAGAUCCACCAUACGUCGCAGGCAAACCAAGCGAGCCGUUCGAUGUAUGUGCACUUUGCCGCCUUUCAGGCCCAGCCUGGAAGUGAACAGUCUUGGAGUCGUAUCGGCACUCCAAGAGAAGAUGGUGGAAAUCAGGAGGGACAGCAGCAAAGCCAAGAAGGAGUGUCGACUCCUAAUGCAGCCAAUGCGCGACCCGGUGACAGAACUCCUGAGGUGUAUCACAUGACACCAGACCCUCUGCAGGAGAACGAUCCGUGGCGGACAUGGAUGACAGCUGAACGCCCGCAAGGAUCAGCAAGUAACCCAAUUCAGCCAGCGCCAUCGCACUGGCAAGGUCCAGCUGCAUCGACGCUGGACCCCGGAAUAUCGGUUCCUGCAUGGCACGUGCCGGAUGUGAGAUCCUUUCUGGAAGUCUCAGGACUGUCUACCACCAGACCAAUGGUGGGGAGUGGCACUGAGCAAAUGGUCUUGCCGCCGGUGCCGACAGCAUACACCGCCGCAACUCAGGCCCUGCAGGCAAUGGUUGAACCGGCACUUAGUGGAGGAGCAGUUGCAUCAGAAGCCGCUGGUCUCUUCACUCAGGUCCAUGCUGGGAGACAGGAGCGGCGACGUGAGAGUCGCAGUCACCGUGAACAGCAAGAAGAACAACAAGAGCCCGAACCUCAAGCUGCGCAGACCAGGGAGUCUCGCCCCCGCGGCGAUGGAGGCCUGGAGGUGUACCAAGACACCUGCACAAUCUGCCUGAACCGGUUUGCGGCAGAGGAUCACUGUUGCAGACUGCAGUGUCGACACGUUUUCCACUGUGUCUGCGUGGGUGAGUACCUUCAGCACAACGCACCCAUAGGCGAAGGAGACAUCCGCCUGGUAUGCCCCAACUGCAGGGAAGACACUCAGGUCGAUCGUUCGUGGGUGCAGCCGACCUUCAACCUCCAUGCGCAGCCCACAGUUGAGGAGCAACUGAAUGAAGCCGUCCAGACCCCAGUUCCGUCUGAGGCAAGUGCAGUAUCUGUUGAAGAAUAUGUGACGCCGGACAAUAUCCGGUCGUAUCCAUGGUGGCCAAUCCCCGAAACAAAUCCACCAACACCAGCCGAUGCAACUGAGUCCAGCCAUGGGUACCAUUCGACUGUCAGGUGCGACGAUGGUCAGUUGGGCCUUCUGGUCGACCCAGGCAGCUAUGGGAAUCUCGCGGGAAGCGGAUGGGUUGAGGAGGUGGAAAAGACCCUCCAAAGCCAAGGAAAGACCGCAUCACGAGAAACCCGCAGUGCACCCCUUCGCGUCGGUGGUGUCGGCAAGGGAAGUCAAAACUGUCGGGAAGACGUGGUCAUUCCGUUGGCCAUCCCAAGAUCCGAUGGGACAGUGAAAGGUGGCACCUAUUCUGCCCCGGUCAUCGAAGGGUCAAAUGCACCAGCCCUAUUGGGCCUGAAGUCCUUGACGCAGCACAGGGCAGUCCUCGACCUGGUGUCCAACCAGCUACACUUGCUGGGGCCAGGAGAGUCCCGCUUCGAACUGGCAGAAGAGACAGAGACCUUUAAUUUGACCCGGGCAGCCACUGGACACCUGCUGUUGCCUUUCCAAGAGUUCUCACGUCUUGCGAGUGGGUCUCAGGGAGUGCGCCAUCUGUUCAGUGAGGAGGGCAUCCACGAGUCAGGGUACAUGACCACUGUCAAGACCGAGCAAUGCAAACAGGAGCCGACCAACACCCCGGAAGAUGCAGACAGAGCGUCAGAGCCUGCUGCAGCAAGUCCGGUCGAGCCCAGCAUUGCAGUUGCAUCCGAUGCACCCGAGGAGAACCAGGAAGGUCAGAGCAGAGCGGCAGGUUCCCAAGCGCCGACGUCACCAGCUGACGAACCAGCCCCGGAGGCAGGAGAGACUGUGACGCCAGUCCCUGCCGCUGAGGCCGAAGAAGCCAAGAGCAGCAGUCCGGAAGUGACAGCUGCAAACGAGGCUGUUCCGCCAGUCUCUGUUGAAGCAACAGCCGAGCCCAAGGCAGAGCCCGCAAGCCGUCACACAGGUGACUUCAAGAAUCUGACCUUGGACGAGAUUGCAGACCGCGAAGGAUACCCCGAAGAAAAGGAGCUGACCAGGGAUCCAAGUGGGGCUCGCUCACGCCGUGGCAGGCGGCGCCGCCGGAAGAGACGCUGUGAAGCAGAAGAGGAAGAAGACCCGGCGGGGUCGCCAGACGAAGAGGGCCGCGGACGAAGACGAAAACGGUCACCUGUCUCGCCAGGUGCCGUUCCAAGGGAGACAAAACGAUGGGCAUCCCAAGGGUCCCAGACUAGCCAUGAGGAAGGGGUCGAAAGAGCGCCAAGCUCAGCAACUGACCAAACGUCAGCAUAUGACACUGACCGUGGAAGUGUGGUGCUUACACCACGUCGUGAAGGGCCAAUUGACAAAUCAUAUGUGGCGUUGCCUUCGGAGAUGAUCACACCCAAGAGUGGAUCAGCAAGCAGCAGUGCACGCCCUGCUGAAGUGGCCAAAGCAUGCGAGUCCGUGGCAGCGCAACUGCCCAAGGAGCGCGGUGCAGGUAAGUCAAGCCCACCGCUGCCGCCUCCACCACGGCGGUUGGUGACGAGGGAAGAUGAUGGCCAAGAGUAUGAGGUGCCACCACCAGAGCCAAAGAAUCCGCCAACGGCCAAGACUGGAGCUGCAGGCGCUCGACCCUUGCAGCGCGGAACCGAUGCUGAGAUCGCGAAAGCUGAAGCACACCUCAGAGAGGUGAUGGCGAACCCAAGUGCGACUCGCACAGCCAAGCGCAAGGCGCGAAGAGAGGUGCGUCAAGCCAGAGGCGAGCCGCCUCCCAAAGAGCUGAGGUUGUUGAGCAUCAGCAACUUCGAUGCUCAUGCAUGUGCAUUUGAAGGAAUGGAUUGCCGAGUCACCCGUGUGAGGCCUGUGGAACUGACACGGGGAGGGUUCGAUUCCAUCCUUGAAUUCAUCAAAACAGACAGGUACGAUAUGGUGUGGGUUGAUCUCGCUCAUCCCAAGCGCUUUGUCGGAGCGACAAAUCUAUCUCGGGUCAUGCAGAGGUUGCGUGUCCUGGUGACGGCAAGUCAACGGUAUGAUGUUCCGCUUGUCAUCGCCAGUUCGCACUCUUCAGCAUGGGAGCAUUCAAGUGUGCAGUCCCUGGUGGAUGUCUGUGGUUUGAAGUUGAGCACCCACAGGUGGUGCACCUUCGGACUCAAGACGACGGGUGGGAACCCCAGUGCCGUCGUCCACCGGUGUGCAAGCACCUUUGAGUGGCAGAGCACGCCCUGCCAAUGCCCUGCAGAUGCUGAACAUGUGCAUGACUUGGCCCUGCGUGAUCCCUGCUGCACUGCCCAGAGACGCCAUACAUAUGAAGCUGAAGCAGCGGCCAAUCUCCUGGAGUCCGCAUGGAUUUGCGAAUCCGUGUCUGGGAAGUCAGCCGACUCAACAGUAUCAAUGGAAGGUACAGUCGUAGGCAGUGACAGCCAGCAGAUAGCAUGUCAAUCCGCGCAUCCAGCGCAACACGUAGAGCACAACGCGACGAGUUCCGACUCGUCAAGAGCUCGAGAUCCCGCACCAGAAUCUUCAGUGUUUAAAAGUUUAACCUUGCCCGCACAGAGCACUGUAAGCAAGACACCACACAAUUUUUGCGCUACGUUUUUCCAAUGCCGUUGCUGCGAACUGCUUGUUCCAAGUGAGACUGCCUGGUGCAACACCUGUGAAGCACCAGUGGAAAAUGAACAAGCUCAUCUGAUCCAAGUCGGAUGCUACCCUACAGAGCAGCGGUUGGCUGCCAAGCAGCAUGCUAAAGAUGGCAUUUUGCCAAAGAGAAAGAAGAAACAAGUCGAACAACAUUUCGACGACUGUGGAGAAGAUCUGACACCAAUUUGUGACAAGGACCCAAAACUGUCCAUGUUCACCGACGGAUAUUCAUCCGACGAAGAAGAUAACAUUGGACACAAAAUCUUAUCAUCCUGGGUUACACACGGUUUCCAGUGUUCGGAAAGUGACCUGCCUCCAUCAACACAUCCAGGCAUGGUCAUUGCGGUCGACUUUGAAGAAGCCUAUCCGAUCUUGAUCAAUCGACCAUAUGGUGUUGAAAUCGUUGAAUUCUGUGGUGGUCUGGGACUGACCACUCAAAUGGCAGUCAAGCGUCAGCUCAGCACAGGCCACAAUUUUGAGCUGUUGACUGGCUGUGAUCUCACAGACACCAGCACCCAGAGGAAAGUGUUAUCGUACCUUUCCAUAGCAAAGCCUUUGGUCAUCGUGAUGGCGCCCAGAUGUGAUCCCUUCGGCCCACUGGGACGCUGGAACCGAGUGAUACAUCCAGAAGGAUGGGACCGCAGCUACCAAGAGUCCGCGCCUCUUGCAGAGUUCUGCGGCCGAGCUGCUCUCCAUCAAAUCAGUGAAGAAAGACAUUUCCUAUGUGAACAACCUCAAUCAUCAACCCUCUUCCAAGAGGAGCCCUGGCCGAGGGUACUGCAACAUAAAGGUACUGUCAAAGUUGUUUUCCACCAGUGCCGUGUUAAGCAGUACAUCAAUGGCCAGUUGUGCAAGAAAGCCACCGAGUUGGUGGCCAGUACACGAACCCUUCUGGAACCUUUUGAGGGCCUAGUCUGUACUGGUGAUCACCCGCAUGCAGUGCUGACCGGUGGUCAAGCAAGCAAGGCGCAGAAGUGGAGUCGCGACAUGUGCGACAGAAUAGCCUUCGGCAUUCAGCAACUAGCCGCAAGCACAAAAGAGCGCCCAGUGCAAGCAAUGCCGUCAGUGGCUGUGGGCGGCGGUGACGAAGCCCAGGAAGAUCCAGAACCUGAGGAGGCCGGCAACGAACCCUGGCGUAAGUGCAAGGGGUGCCGGUGGAGACUGCCAAAAUAUGACCCUCAACACAGCAGAGUUGCAGGUGAAUGCAAACAUCCAGACACUGAACCAGUGACCUUUGAUUGCCCGGCUUGCAAGGCCAGAAAACCACGUGAUCAUGCCAGCCACACAUACGAUGACAAGUGCAGGCAUGCAGUCACAGCCGCCAGAAAGAAGGUUCCCAAGAGAUCAAGGGCAAGAGUGCCAGCGUCAGACGAACCAACCUCAGGAUUGCGAGCCCGAGGUAUGGGAGAUGCAGAUGAACAAGCUGCAGAAGAACAGCUGGAAGAUGCCCCUGAGGCACGACCUGAAGAAGCCGGCGGAGUACGUCCCGCCGUGGAAGCUGCUGCUGAGCCAGCUAGCGCAGAGGGCAACGAGUUGCAGCUGGUUCCUGCCGACAGAGCAGGAAGGGGGCCAGAUCAGAUCCAACGAGUGCGAAGGUCUUAUCGUGAGGGUGAGGCCCAAACGCCAGAUCCGUCUGACUGGACCUCAUUUGACAUCUCUGCCAGCCUGCGAGGCCUGCGAUUAUCCAAUGAGGCGGGUCAGCGCAGGAUCAUCCGCAAGCUGCAUCUACGCUGGUGGCACGCAAGCAGCCACAGAAUGAUCCAGUUGCUCAAGAGCGCAGGCCUACCGCAGUCCAUUCUGGAUAUCGUGCCAGAAGUGGUGGACACUUGCAGAAUCUGCCGGUUGUGGCAGAAGCCAUCCAGUGACAACAUCGCGGUGAACCGCGUGGUAACCGGAUUUAAUCUGGAAGUGGAAGGCGAUCUGAUCUUCAUCACACACCAGGGCGCAAGUCCGCCCGUUCUACACCUCGUUGACAGAGGGCAUGUGCGAAUAUGUGAUCGACGAACCCAAGUCCUUCGUGACACGGUUCACAAGAUUUCAUCCCAGCUGUCUGAGGAAGGAAUAUCGCUUCCACUCAGCAGAGUGCUGGCAGAAGCAACAUAUGCAGGCAACGCAUUGACAUCCAUUCGAGGGGUGUCGCCGUACACAGCAGUCUUGGGAAGAGUACCGCCUCUUCUACCGGACGCUUUGUCUGUGACAGAUGACACAGAAGCACACGUGACUGCGCAACACACCCAUCGAUUGCGCGAAAUAGCCAUCCAAUGCAUUGCCGAGGCCAGCGCACAAGACCGGCUGAAACGUGCAAGCCACACACUCACCAAACCAGCAGGCGAGGAAUUCGAGUACCGCCUAGGUGAGCAAGUGGAAUACUACCGUCCACCCAUGAGUAAAGACGUCUCAGGGUGGAGGGGGCCGGCCACGAUCUGUGACCUGUCUCGUCUGGAGCAUGGACGAGUUGGAAUCAGGACCCGCAGCGAUAAUGUGCUUACAUGCCGCCUGCAAGAUGUCCGCAGAUGUCUAGCAUACAUGGUGGAUAUGGAGUCACCACUGUCAAGCACAGCAGGUCAAGCGCAGCAGGUACUGCAAGAAUUCGUGGAUAACAUGAAAGCAGGACCUGAAAACACAAUGCUUCUUGGCAACAUCCCUAGUAACACUGGGUGGCGCAUGUCCAAAGUCACAGAGCGACACCAAAUGGUGUACCAAGCCGCAGUGGUCGUAGCCGAAUUGAUUUUUCAGUUGCAGAACCUUGCAGCUGUCAGAAUUGGCAAGGGUGUUCGAACCUUGUCGAAGAAGAGUGAAUAUGCAGCAAGCAUGACGGUCUUUUGGACCGCAGCAGGAACAAGAUCUUUGGAGUUUCUGAACAGCGAAGACACCAGUGUGUCAUUCGUAGCCAUGUUAGGUCAGAACUGGACAAAUGUUCGCUUUGUUCAAUACCUGACCGUCACAGCCGAAGACGAUUUUCAGAACUCCAUCAAAGAGGAUGAAGUGAUGAGUGACGUCUCAUCCACAUCCAACCAAGCGACGGGACCAAGCACACACGACAAUGCAAGUGUGGGAGGUCCCUUAAGCACAAUCCCCGAAGGAAGUAACGAAGAGGAAGCGCAUGUGACAAUCCAGGAACUGGAAAAGGCAUUCGGAAUACCGGCAGAUCAUCCCAAUGUAAAUUAUCUGGCCGAAGCAUUCGUUGCCAUAUCAGCCGAGGAGGAGGACACUGUGCCGCCAGUGUUCACGACCCUUGAAGAAAUCAGUGGCCCGGCUCUGACCAGGAGCCUUAAGGCCAUGGAAGAAGUAGCCAUCCCCAGUUGGCAAGAAGUCGCGUAUGUGACAGAAGAUGACAGCUUCCUGAGCAGUAAUGCCCUACUCGAGCAGUUGCAGCAAGUUACAAACGAACUGCCCAUGCUGGAAGACCAAGAUGAGUAUGGAGCAUAUGCUGCCUUGGAGGCGUACUAUCCAGAAUGCAAAUAUCUGGAAGGUCUUGACCGACUCCCCAACUGCGAUGAGCAUGUGGAGCUUCGAUUUUACGAAGCGCACACCAGAAAGGUAGUCAUCGAUCGGAACGAUGAUCUUCUGACAGAACGGGAAACAUUGGAGCACUCAACUGAGGUGCUUCAAGCAAUGCUCGAUGAACUAAACACUUGGAAUGGUUUCCGCUGUUUCAAAAGAAUUAAGAAGUCGGAAACAAAAUGCAUCAUUGACACAAAGUGGGUACUGAAAUGGAAGCUCAAAGGUGGGGUGCGGCACAUACGUGCCCGCCUCUGUCUUCGUGGCUUCAAAGAGUCAGGAUGUGACAACGACACCAAUCACAGUGCUACAGCAUCCAGGUUGUCUCAACGACUGUUGGUGUCGGAAACAGUACUGCGAUCGUGGGUGCUCGCAUCCACGGACAUCCCUAAAGCGUUUCUGCAGGGAGUUUCGUAUCAGGAGUUGGCGGACACCACCAACAAGCCACUGCGUGACUUGCGGAAAGUAACAGCAGCCUUCGGUCUGAGGAGUUCGUUCUUGGACCCAGAGUUUGAGCUGUUGUACGAUGAAGGUGGAACGCUGCAGUUAGUGGUGAUCAAGCACGUGGAUGACCUGAAGAUCGCGGGCCCAAAAGAACUGAUUGCAAGGUUUGUGGACCAUGUGGCAAGAGCUUUUGGAAAAUUGGUCAUUGAGUACAACACGUUUACCUUUUGCGGUGUUCGACACACGCAAGAAAAGGACAUCGUGUUGGAUCAAGCAAAGUUCAUUGCAGCCAUCAAGGAAAUGGCUGUCCCGGAAGCAUAUGCCAAGACGGAUGAGCCACUGCCAGAACACCUGCAGAAGCAAUUUCUGAGUCUGCUCAUGACAGUGGCAUACGCAUUGCUGACGAGAAUGGAUGCUGCAGUGUAUGUAACAGCCCUGCAGCGAGAAUGCCAAAAGCCGAAGCCAAUUCACGUGAGACGGUUGAACCUGCUUCUGCGUUGGAUGCAGAAGAACCCUCGUGGACUGCGGUAUCGCCCAAUGGAUAAGUAUCCUGAUAGCCUGGUGCAGUUCAGCGACUCAGGGUUCAAGGCGCGUUCCGAAGAUGGACUGAGUGUCAGAGGGCUUGUCUCCAUGCGGAUGCAUUCCAGUGAGUUGACGUCGCCAACAAAGGCGGCUUGCCAUGUACUGGAAUUUGUGUCCAAAGCACAAAGACAUGUCACUCGCUCAACCUUCAGCAGCGAACUCUUUGCUGCUACAGAUGCCAUCGACAUGGGACUGCUCACAAGACUGGCUCUGCAUGAACUCCAGUAUGGACCCAUGAACGACAACUUGGCAAAAGGAAUCCUCGAGGGAUUCACCAAAAGUGAGAUCCAGUUGCAUGCGGUCCUGGACGCAAAGUCAGUGACGUCAGCAGUCACCGCGCCAAUUCUGAAAACACCAGCUGAGCCAGCACUGCUUGUCCAUGUGAGAUGGGUAAGACAUCUGCUGCAGUCGAAGGUCCUUCAAGGACUGCGCUGGACAGACACAAGGUCCAUGAUUGCAGACGGACUAACCAAAGGCAGUAUCGAUCGAUCAGCGCUGGAAGCCGUGAUGUCUGGCUGGUUAGAGAUCGAAUAUGCCUUAGAGAACGAGGCACUGCAGUUGUUAGGUCAACCGACCUAA